UUUUCAGUCGUGUCGUUUAUUGCGAGCAAUCAUCACUUAUUCUUUGCUGCUUCGUAAAAAAAAUUUGAGAAGUAGGAGUAAUUAUAUUUAUUUCUGUAAUCUCACUUUAAGUGAGUGAAAGAAAGUAAAAUCAAACGUUGAACUAAGUGUGAGUUAUUUCUUUAUUUAUAUUAACAAGAAAUACGAAAACGGAAUUGAUUACUCGCAAAGUUUUCUUCACUUUGCUAAAUGACUUGCGCUUGUGCAAGUGAGAAAGAGCAAGUUGUAAACCCAUUCAAUAAUGGCUGCAUAGGUAAAAACCUUGAAUGCUUGCUUAAACGGGAGAGCUAGCUGUGUUUCCUGGUGUACGUGUGCACUUAACAAACGUGCGUUCGUGAACGCAAACAAAGGAUCUGAGCGAGUACUUUGUGUGCUACGCGUCAAUUGUAACUGCGUUAGAGCGGACGAAAGGCAUUAAUACAUUUAGUGUGGUUUGUUAUAGUCACAAGCGGGAGUGAAACAAGCAGACGUUGUAAAGAGUGCGCAUGUGUUUUUAUAAUAUUUGGAUUUCGUGAACGAAUUUUUGCUGGGAUUGUAGGAAUUGAAUUAUCUGUCCUCGUUACCCGUUGCUUAUUAUUGCAUAUGGAAAAUAAAAAGAAAGAGGAAUAACGUCGACAGUCAUAUGUGUGUGUGUCUGUGUCAAAAAUAAAAAUAUAAAACAAAAGGAUUUUGAAAAAUUUAUAAAGGAAAUAAUGAUUAAAAUGGAGACUGACAAAAUUAUGGACGAGACCAACUCAAAUUCGCAAGCUUUCACAUCAACAAUGCUGUAUGAUCCCGUCCGUAAGAAAGAAUCAACGCAAAUAUUUCAAAAUGAACGUGAGACCUGCUUAACCUACUUCUCGCAAUGGAACGAAGCGGAUCAGGUUGAAUUCGUGGAACAGCUUCUUGCGCGCAUGUGCCACUACCAACAUGGACACAUAAAUGCGUUCCUUAAACCGAUGUUGCAGCGUGAUUUCAUCACAUUACUGCCGAAGAAAGGGCUUGAUCACAUUGCCGAAAACAUACUCACCUAUUUGGAUGCAGAUUCGCUCAAGUCCGCCGAAUUGGUAUGUAAAGAAUGGCUGCGUGUUAUCUCCGAAGGUAUGCUCUGGAAGAAGCUGAUCGAGCGCAAAGCACGCACCGAUUCUUUAUGGCGUGGCUUGGCAGAGCGUCGAGGUUGGAUGCAAUAUCUCUUCAAGCCGCGUCCAGGCACUACUCACCGGCCACACUCUUUCUAUCGCGAACUAUAUCCCACUAUAAUGAAGGAUAUCGAGAGCAUAGAGAACAAUUGGCGUAGCGGUCGUCACAUGUUACGUCGCAUUAAUUGCCGUUCUGAGAAUUCAAAGGGUGUUUAUUGUCUGCAGUAUGACGAUCAGAAGAUUGUUUCUGGUCUGCGUGAUAAUACCAUUAAAAUAUGGGACCGCACGGACUUGCAGUGUGUUAAGACUUUGACUGGUCACACCGGUUCAGUUUUGUGUCUUCAGUAUGACGAUAAAGUCAUUAUUAGCGGUUCGUCAGAUUCGACGGUACGAGUUUGGGAUGUCAACACCGGCGAAAUGGUUAACACGUUGAUUCAUCAUUGUGAAGCUGUGCUUCAUUUACGUUUCAAUAAUGGCAUGAUGGUAACCUGCUCGAAGGAUCGUUCGAUUGCUGUGUGGGAUAUGACUUCGCCCAGCGAAAUCACCUUGCGACGUGUAUUGGUCGGUCAUCGCGCCGCCGUUAAUGUGGUGGAUUUCGAUGAGAAGUACAUUGUAUCGGCCAGCGGUGAUCGCACCAUUAAAGUGUGGUCAACAUCAAGCUGUGAAUUUGUGCGCACAUUGAAUGGACAUAAGCGCGGCAUCGCGUGUCUGCAAUAUAGAGAUCGCUUAGUGGUCAGUGGUAGUUCUGAUAACUCAAUCAGACUUUGGGAUAUUGAAUGCGGUGCUUGUUUGCGUGUGUUGGAGGGUCAUGAUGAACUGGUACGUUGCAUUCGUUUCGAUUCGAAACGGAUUGUCAGUGGCGCAUAUGACGGUAAAAUAAAAGUUUGGGACUUGGUUGCGGCGUUAGAUCCGCGCGCACAGGCAAACACACUUUGCUUGAAUACCUUGGUGGAGCACACUGGCCGUGUUUUCCGCUUGCAAUUCGAUGAAUUCCAGAUUGUCAGCAGUUCGCACGAUGACACCAUUCUCAUAUGGGAUUUUUUGAACUUCCAACCUAAUGAAAAUGCAUCAUGUCGCCCACCUUCACCUGCACUUACACUAAUGGAACAUUAACGUUUCGCAUUAGUCUAUAAUUUGAAUAACACCCAAAACAAUAAGGCAAUUGACGUAUGACAAAUUUACGCUAAAGUGAUCAUAAAGGGCACAUUUAAUGCAAACAUUAUAACAUAUUAUCAAAACAUAGCAAAAUGUUAAUUGUGUUAAAUUUAACCGAGUACAUUGCAGUAACAUUGAAACUGUAGACAAAAAAAAUCUGAAUAAAUUACAAACAAAACACACAAUAUCGUCGUUUGCUUGCCGCGGCAGCUGAUCUCCAAAAGGAUUACAAGAAAAAAUAAUUCAUACGUAAAAAUAUAAAGAAAAUACAUUAAACGCGUUCCACUGAGGCGAAGAAAAAUAAGAGAUUGCAUAAAACAAGUCGUUGAUCUUAAAAGUGAAGUGAACAUAUAUAAUGUAUGAAUAUGUGCUUAUAUGUGCAUCAGCUGACACAUAACCAUUAUUAAAACGCUUAGUAUUAUUGAGAAAAAGAGAAGCAACUGAUAAAAAUAUCAUUUAUUGGGUAAAUGUUAACAAAAUUAUUAUAAUAAAUUGACAUUUAGGCGUUGUAAAAUUACAAAAUCGAAUCGAAAGUGCACUGUAAGUUACGUUGAUGUGGAAACGAUGGGCGAACGGAUGAGUGCGUUAGCUACUCAGGAGAAAAGUAAAGGAGGAUCAUCAUCAUCAUCAACAUCAUCAUUUAAGCUGAAGCAUACACAAGUAAAACAAUUUUAAUUUGUAAUUAGCGUAGAAAUGUUGAACAAAAUACAUACAAAAAAUCCAAUUAUAUCGAGAAAUUGCAGAGAGAAAGAAGGAAAUAAAUAAAUUGAAUGUAUGAACUAAGA